AUGGCACCCAUCACCAUUUCCCGCGUCCUUUGUGGGCUGCUCCUCUUUUUGGGCACAUUUGCCCUCCUCGCUGACACCACCAAGACUGGAAGUGGUCAGCUUUCCAAGGCCGAGACACGGAGACUCGCGGCUUCAGCAACGGCCACAGUCUCCGUAGCAACCCCGGCUUCUCUUGUGGUGAGAAGCACACGAACCACCACCGUCUCUACCACCGCCAUCGCCACCACAACGGCCCUCGCCCGCGCAGAACCCACCCCGUCCAACGUCGUCAUCGUCAUCGACGUACCUACUGUCGCUCCCGGAGAAUCCACCCCGGUCGUCGUCUUCGUCGCCCCAGCACCGACCACCGUCACCGCAAAACCCGCCCCCUCCCUCCUCCACGCCGCCCCUCUCCCCGACGACCCCUUUCCCCUCUUCCACAACGAUGACAACAAGUUGCUCAAGUGCUACCCAAUGGGCUGGUGGGACAAGCGCUGGAAGUUCAUCGAGUCCAUCGAAAACUUUUGCCACGCCAUGGACCGCGAAUCGUUGUCGUGGUCGUACGGGUCCGGGCCCGACGGCCACCCCAAUGAUGUUCCCCGCCGCAUCCCACUGACGGGCUUCCGCCAGCAUUCGUACAAUUGGGAGGACCAGCUGCGAUUGAUAGUGAAUUCGCACUACGAGAUCUCGCUCGACGUCAAGCCGGGGUGCGAGUGGGAAUUUGACGCGCACGAGUGUGGGCGGUACUUGAGGAUUCCCGUGGACAUGUGUGAGAUGGGAACGGAAAACGAAAAGAAGGGCGGGGUGGUGCAAGCGCGGACGGGCUAUGGGGACUUGGAUGUGCAUAAGAAUGAGUGGACGGGGGCGUGGGAGAGUGUGUGGAAGGGGGAUGAGGAGUUGAAGAAGCAUGGGGAAGCGAGGUUGGGGGACUUGGAGAAGAAGGGGAUGAGUAGGACGUGUUUGGUCUGGAGGAUUGAUUUGGAAACGAACCAUAUUGAUGGUGCGGAUCUGCUGGAGGGGUUCCCAGAUGGGGUUGGCAUCGACCCAGGUCCGAGUCAUGACAAUGACUGGGCUAAAGAGGGUAAAGGGGGUAAAGGGGGGAGGAAGUAA